ACCACACUAAGAGAAGAGCUUGAGAAACAAUUUCAAGUGGGUCCAAUAAGUUGGUUUUGGCAGGGUCUUAAUAAGGGUUCAUUUCAAACCCAAACUAGACCCUUGGCCAUAACAGCCAAGCAAUAAAUCAAAAACCCAAAAAAAAAAACACGAAAAACUCAACAGAAAAGAAGAAAUUUGAAUAGCAAUGGAGACAAUUAGCAAGUUGUCUCUUUUUGUAUUUUUCUUCUCUUUUGUUCUAAUCGUUCCUGCCUUCCAGGCCCAUAUCCGUGAUUUUGAUGACCAUUGGCUGCAAAGACAAGAUGAAGCCAGGAGGUUCGCCAUGGAAGUAUAUCAUCCCAACCCCGAAAAUGUCACUGCCCAUUUCAAUAAGCACGUCAGAAUUGCUUUGGAAGGAACCAACAGUACAAGGAGGACGUUGAAAAAGCACACCGGCAGAUGUCUUGCAACCAACCCAAUUGAUCGUUGCUGGAGAUGCAGGCCUAACUGGGCUACUGACAGAAAGAGGCUGGCCUCUUGUGUCAAAGGGUUUGGAAGGAACACCGUUGGAGGAAAGUUCGGAAGGAUUUACGUGGUGACCAACCCAUCUGACAAUGACCUGGCUAACCCAAGACCAGGUACAUUGAGGCAUGCAGCUAUCCAGAAGGAACCACUGUGGAUCAUUUUCGCUCGUAGCAUGCUGAUUACCUUGCAACAAGAGUUGAUGGUUCAAAGUCACAAGACAAUUGACGGUCGUGGUGCUAACGUACACAUUGCUUAUGGUGCCGGUAUUACUGUCCAAUUCGUAAGGAACGUAAUCAUCCAUAACCUCCAUAUCCAUGACAUUGUAUCACGUAACGGUGGACUUAUCAGGGAUUCCGUUGAUCAUAUUGGUUUUAGAACAGCCAGUGAUGGAGAUGCUGUCUCAAUCUAUGGUUCUUCAAAUGUUUGGGUCGACCAUCUAUCUAUGUCUAACUGCAAAGAUGGUUUGGUCGAUAUCAUUGAAGGUUCAACCGGUAUUACUGUGUCUAACAACCACAUGACUCACCACAAUGAGGUCAUGUUGUUUGGUGCACAUGAUGAUCAACCACUUGACCAAAUCAUGCAAGUUACCGUUGCAUUCAACCAUUACGGACAAGGUUUGAUUCAAAGAAUGCCAAGGUGUAGAUGGGGAUUCAUUCAUGUUGUUAACAAUGACUACACUCAUUGGCUCAUGUAUGCCAUUGGUGGUAGCCAACAUCCUACCAUUGUCAGCCAAGGUAACCGUUUUAUUGCUCCACCUACUCAAGCUGCCAAGGAAGUGACCCACAGAUCCGAUGCACCCCAGAGUGUAUGGAAGGACUGGACAUGGGUGUCUCAAGGUGAUCUUAUGAUGAACGGUGCCUUCUUUGUUCAAUCAGGAAAUCCUAAGAAUGUGAAGAAGUACUCAAGGAAAGAUAUGAUCAAAGUUAAGUCUGCAAAUUUUGUUACUAGACUCACACGUUUCGCCGGUGCUCUUAAGUGUGAAGUUGGCAAACCUUGUUAAGCUUUAUGUGUAUCUCUUAAUCACUCUUUUACCUUCUACUUAGAGCAACUAACGACAAAGGAGGGAUUACAAUGAAGAAGAUUAUUUGUAUGGCGAAAGGGAAUUUAAAUCAGAUGAGAAUUUGUUGUUGUUGUUUUUUGCUUUGAAUGUUUUGUUUUAUUUUGUUUUUAUUUAUUUUUGGAAUGUGAGGGAGAGACAGGAAGGGGUUGUCAAAUAGAUUUUGGUGAGAAGAUGAAAUGGAUUGAGGUUUCAGAGGUGAAAAAUAGAGAAAAUCAUUUUAUUGAAUUACUACAAUUGCUUUAUAUUAAUAUAUAUCUUUCUCCUUUCUAUCA